CGUAAUACAGAAAUGGAAGAGGAUUCUGCCCUGCCAGGAGCACUUCACUCUUCCAUUUAUGUGAAUGAUCAUGUUGGCUUCUGUGGCAGUAUAAAAACAUUCCCAAGUGACUUUAUAGUGUCAGAAAUUAAUGCAUUGGGACAGUUAGUUAAUGAGUGUGCAACGGAUUCUCUUCGUACGUCCUGUGAAACCCUCUCAGAACAAACUAGGAGUUGUCAGAAGGAUUGCAAAAGACUAAGGUUGGAUCCUGCAGAAUCCAACAUAGAUGAGGAAUGUUGCAGAGACCAAGAGGGUGAUGUCUGCUGUCCUUCAGAAUGUCUUCCUUCAUCUACUGAAGAGAGUGAAAUACAUACUGCUACAAAUCUACUUGAAUGCCACCUGGACAAAGCUCUCACCUUGGACUCUUUAUUAGAUGAGUCUCUAAGGGAGAAACUAAGUCAGUUUGCUUGCCAAGUGAAAGAUGCAUGGAAUUCAAAAUGUGAGCCAGAAGCUUUUCCCACUGAAUUUUCUCUUGGUCCUGUCCCUGACAAGAAGGUUCGAGCCAGUUUGCAUGGUGCCAUUAGACAGGAAUAUCCUUUCUUACUUAGUGUUACAAAAUGUGGUGAGAUGGUCCUAAAAGCAAACCAAGACUACCAUGAGCUCUGCAAAUUGGUAUCUGAAGAGGAAGCUUGUGGUUUUCUAAAGUUUUUGGAUGCCAAAUUAGAAAAUUCAAAGUUUGCUUUUAGGCCUGAUGGGGACAAGGAACACCGAAAGAUGGUUCACCAUUUUCUCAGUAAGAAGUUUGGGAAACUUGUGGAAACGAAGUCUUUUUCGGAUUCUGAGCAAAACGUUUUCAUUAUGGUACGAUUUCGUGCGAAAAGUGGAUUCAGGAAAAGGACUAAUGCUAGGAGUGAGGAGAAAGAAGAAAUUUACACAG